AGCUUGACUUUCCUGUCUGAUCCAACUGCACUGUACUUAACGGCCGGAUCCGAUUUAAAUCUGACAAGAUGGGAGAAGCACGCAGACGUUGGACCGCUACGGAGGAUACCCUUCUCUGGGAACUCUAUCAGAUACAGGAAAAGGUGCCUACCGGCAAAUGUCGAAAGGUCAACUGGAACGAAAUCGCCCGACAGAUUCCUGGACGGAGUAAUAAAGACUGCCGGAAACGAUACUACAACCGAUUCACAGGAGGACUGCGAAAGGGAUCUUGGACCCCAGAAGAAGAUGAAAGGUUAACGGCUCUAGUCGAGAGAUAUAAUUACAGAUGGGCCAUGAUAGCGCAAAAGAUGGAGACGAGGAACGCAGACCAGUGUUCUAAGCGCUGGCACCACUGCCUGAAUCCGGAGCUAGAGAGGAGUCCGUGGACAGACCAUGAGAAUCAACUACUUUUAGCAGCAGUCAAGACACACGGAAGCAGUUGGAAGGACAUUCAAAAGUACCAUUUCCCGACUCGAUCGGCAAACAACAUCAAGAACCAAUACACGAUAUUAAGCCGGAGGAUUACCGAGGCAGUACCUGUUCGGCCCUGCUGUGAUUCUUCGUUGCUCGAUGUACCUCGAACCAAACUUCCCCCAACCUCGAACCCUACGAUCCAGAAUGGCCAGACUAGUCGCGAGGCCAGUCAGGAUGCAUAUUCCUAUUGCUCUCUCUCAUCGACACCUCAGUUGUCUGCCAUGGACUACAUGGCCACCAUUCCAGACAUGCCUAUGAAUAAUCUCGACUUCGACGCUCCCCUACCUUUCGUCCAACCUGAUGUGUCCGGCCAACUUGCGGGCUACUGGCCGCCACAACUCUUAAACGGGACCGCCAGCUCAGAUAUGGUUGGCUGUGAGUCUUCAUCGAUGGGAUAUGGCGUCGGAGUGCCCCCGGCUGCAGAAAAUAGCCAACCAUACUUCGUCGAGAUGGAAGAUUCAUGGAACCAAAGGGGAUCUUUCGAACGGUUUCCCAAUAUAAAUACGGCCCCUGGGUUCUAACAUUGUUGUGGAGGUUCUGAAGUGAUUGUUACGAGUUUAACGACAUGGGAAUAAAUACCAGGGCGGAUUAUGGCGCAGUGGGUAUUCCAGGAUAGAUCAGUUUGCGGGGAAACACGGCGUGCUCGCAAAUAUGCCUCGAUGGCUAAACUAUUGAAAUUCAUUUCUUUCUCUAUCUGUGUAUUUCUUUCUCUAUUGCCUCUAUUCUACCUGGCGCAGUCCGGGGGGGGAAGCUUUCACACAAAACGGCUGACAAGUAUAGAAAUCACAUCGUGGAGUAUAUACAUGGGUUCAUUUGAGAUGUCACUCUAGAGAUAUAAGCUAGGGAGGUUCACCUAAUAUAUAUAGUGUAUUUUACGAGCUCAAUCCC